CCCGGAUUCAUAACAACAGCUGUAAACGGUAGACUUGGCGAGCUGCGUGAUUCAGGCUGUCUCUUGUUGUUUUGUUCACGGGUCGGUGUGUUUACCACUGCGGGGAGUCUCUCUGGCCGCAGAACGGCGCCUAAACUUUGAGGCUGUCGUAGUAAAGACACCGGGGGACGUCAUGAAGACGGCGUAUCUGCGCUGAGGCUGAAGUUUGUGGCCGUUAGCAGCCGUUAGCAUCGUCACCGCUAACUGUCAACAUCAACAACAACAACAGUCCUGAGGCCUCACCUACCGCUGGCGUGUGCUGAGGCGUGAUGGGGAACCAGCUGGCGGGGAUCGCCCCCUCCCAGAUCCUCUCUGUGGACAGCUACUUCUCAGACAUCCACGACCAUGAGUACGACAAGAGUCUGGGCAGCACGCGCUUCUUUAAGGUGGCCCGAGCCAAACACAGAGAGGGCCUGGUGGUGGUCAAAGUGUUCGCCAUCCAGGACCCGUCUCUGCCUCUGACCAGCUACAAACAGGAGCUGGAGGAGCUGAAGAUCAGACUGCACUCCUGUCAGAACUGUCUGCCCUUCCAGAAAACCUCCCUGAACGAAAAGGCCGCCAUCUUGUUCCGCCAGUAUGUCCGGGACAACCUCUACGACCGCAUCAGCACCCGGCCUUUCCUCAACAACGUGGAGAAACGCUGGCUGGCCUUCCAGAUUCUCAACGCCGUCGACCAGGCGCACAAAGCCGGCGUCCGCCACGGCGACAUCAAGACGGAAAACGUGAUGGUGACCAGCUGGAACUGGGUUUUGCUCACGGACUUUGCCAGCUUCAAGCCCACAUACCUGCCCGAGGACAACCCAGCAGACUUUAACUACUUCUUUGACACGUCUCGGAGGAGGACGUGCUACAUCGCUCCAGAGAGGUUCGUGGACGGGAGCAUGUUCACCACGGAGAGCGACCAGAACACGCCGCUGGUGGAUCUGACCAACAACAACCAGAGGAGCAGAGGAGAGCUGAAACAGGCCAUGGACAUCUUCUCUGCAGGCUGUGUGAUAGCCGAGCUGUUCACCGAAGGCGUCCCGCUCUUCGACCUCUCUCAGCUGCUGGCGUAUCGUAAAGGACACUUUCAGACGGAGCAGGUCCUGCUGAAGAUCGAGGACCGCAGCAUACGGGAGCUGGUGGCUCAGAUGGUUCAGCGUGAGCCGGAGAAGCGUCUGACAGCUGAGGAGUACCUGAAGCAGCAGAGAGGGAAAGCUUUCCCCGACAUCUUCUACACCUUCCUGCAGCCGUACAUGGCUCAGUUCGCCAAAGAGACGUUCCAGUCCGCCGACGAACGAGUCCUUGUCAUCCGUAAAGACCUAGACAACAUCCUGCACAACCUGCGAGGAGGCUCCUCCUCCUCUCAGGAGAGCAGUGAUGGCGUCCUGAGCUCUCGGGAGGAGCAGGGCCUCAUCGUGCUGGUGUCCGUCAUCACCUCCUGCCUGCAGACUCUUCACUCCUGCGACUCAAAGCUCGCUGCUCUGGAGCUCAUCCUGCACCUCGCGCCGCGGCUCGGCGUCGACAUACUGCUCGACCGCAUCACGCCAUACCUGCUGCACUUCUGUAAUGACCCCGUUCCUCGCGUACGCGCUCAGGCUGUGCGCACGCUGGCCAAAGUGCUGGCGCUGGUGAAGGAGGUGCCGAGGAAUGACGUCAACAUUUACCCAGAAUACAUCCUGCCAGGGAUCGCACACCUCGCCCAGGAUGAUGCCACCAUCGUCAGGUUGGCGUACGCAGAGAACAUAGCUCACCUGGCAGAGAGUGCGUUGCGUUUCCUGGAGCUCGUUCAGGAGAACAACGUAAACACGGAGCAGGACUUGAGCGGAGAGGACACAGAGGAAGCUCUCCACCCCAACGAGAACUACGACUCUGAGCUGCAGGCUCUUCAUGAGAUGGUGCAGCAGAAGGUGGUGACUCUGCUCAGUGACUCGGAGAACAUCGUCAAACAGUCACUGAUGGAGAACGGCAUCACGCGUCUCUGCGUCUUCUUUGGCCGUCAGAAAGCCAACGACGUGCUGCUUUCUCACAUGAUCACCUUCCUCAACGACAAGAACGACUGGCAUCUGAGAGGAGCCUUCUUCGACAGCAUCGUGGGCGUGGCGGCGUAUGUGGGCUGGCAGAGCUCGUCCAUCCUGAAGCCGCUCCUCCAGCAGGGUCUGAGUGACACAGAGGAGUUCGUCAUCUAUAAAGCUCUGAACUCUCUCACCUGCAUGUGUCAGCUGGGUCUGCUGCAGAAACCUCAUAUCUACGAGUUUGUCAGCGACAUUGCUCCUUUCCUAUGCCACCCCAACCUGUGGAUCCGUUACGGAGCGGUGGGCUUCAUCACCGUCAUCGCACAGCACCUCAACGUGGCUGACGUCUACUGCAAACUGAUGCCCCACCUCAACCCCUUCAUCACCCAGCCCAUCAUCCAGAUCGAUAAGGAGCUGGUCCUUCUCAGCGUGCUGAAGGAGCCCGUCAGUCGCUCCAUCUUUGACUACGCCCUGCGCUCCAAAGAUAUCGCCAGCCUCUUCCGCCACCUGCUGCUCCGGCAGAAGAAACGUGCCGGAUCAAUCCCAGAAUGCCCCACUCCUGACGACCCAGCCAUCGCUCAGCUGCUGAAGAAGCUGCUCUCACAGGGGAUGACCGAGGCCGAGGAGGACAAGCUGCUGGCGCUCAAAGACUUCAUGCUGAAAUCAAACAAAGCCAAAGCCAACAUGGGCGAGCAGAGUCACCUGGGGGAGGCCGCCCAGACCGGAGUCAUCGACCUAGCCACGCUCGGCAUCAUGGGACGCCAGGUGGACCUGGUUAAACCUAAAGCUGAGGCAGAGGAUAAAAGAGCGAGGAAGCACACCAAGCAGGACUCAACCAUGAACGAGGAGUGGAAGAGCAUGUUUGGAUCUCAGGAGCCGCCGUCCACUCAGCCCGCCACGGCUGUCGACGGGCCGGCUAGUCAGAUCAGGAAGAGCGCAGUGGCCCCGACACUACCUGUGCUGCAGUCCGUGGCAAGCGGCCCCACCUACCAGCGCCGCAUCAACACGUGUAAGGCGGAGCUUCAGCAGCUGGUGCAGCAGAAGAGGGAGCAGUGCAGCGCCGAGCGUAUGGCCAAACAGAUGAUGGAGAGCGCUGAGUGGGAGAGCCGACCACCUCCACCAGGAUGGCAUCCUAAAGGUCUGCUGGUCGCUCACCUCCACGAACACAAAGCUGCUGUGAACAGAAUCAGAGUCCCAGAUGAACACUCCAUCUUUGCUACGGCAUCCAACGACGGCACGGUCAAAGUGUGGGACAGUCAGAAGAUGGAGGGAAAGACCACGACCACCAGGUCUGUGCUGACGUACUCUCGAAUCGGCGGUCACGUGAAGACGCUGACCUUCUGCCAGGGCUCUCAUUAUUUGGCGGUGGCCUCAGAUAACGGAUCCAUCCAGCUGCUCGCAGUCGAAGCAAACAAACCCCCAAAAUCCCCCAAAGUGCAGCCUUUCCAGACCAGGUCUCUGGACCUGCAGGAGGACGGCUGUGCGGUCGACAUCCACCAUUUUAACUCGGGCGCUCAGUCCGUGUUGGCGUACGCUACCGUGAACGGCUCCCUGGUUGGCUGGGACCUUCGCUCCAACACAAACGCCUGGACACUUCGCCACGACCUCCGCCUGGGACUCAUCACCUCGUUCACCGUGGACAUGCACCAGUGCUGGCUCUGCCUCGGUACGAGCAGCGGCACCAUGGCAUGCUGGGAUAUGCGGUUCCAGCUUCCUAUCUCUAACCACUCCCAUCCUGCACGAGCACGAAUCAGACGGCUGCUGAUGCAUCCGCUCUACCAAUCAUCAGUGAUCGCAGCCGUCCAGGGAAACAACGAGGUGUCGAUGUGGGACAUGGAGACAGGCGAUCGUAAAUUCACCCUGUGGGCGAGCUCUGCUCCUCCUCUCUCUGAGAUGCAGCCGUCUCCUCACAGCGUUCACGGGAUCUACUGUAGUCCAGCUGACGGGAAUCCUCUGCUGCUGACUGCGGGAUCUGACAUGAGGAUCAGGUUCUGGGAUUUGGCCUAUCCCGAGCGCUCGUACAUCGUGGCCGGCGGAGCCAACGACUCACUGCACUGUCCGUCUGUCAUGUACAGCAGGAAGAUCAUCGAGGGGACUGAAGUCGUACAGGAGAUCCACAGCAAACAGAAGAGCGGCGUGGUGGAGGACUCGCCCCGCCGUGGCCCAGAAUCCCUCCCUGUGGGUCACCAUGACAUCAUCACUGACAUUGCCACUUUCCAGACCACGCAGGGCUUCAUCGUCACGUCGUCCAGAGACGGCAUCGUCAAAGUGUGGAAGUGAAGAUGGGGAGCGAGGGCGUCAGACGACUCUUAGACAGUAUGAACAGUUUCUCACUAACACAAUCAUAAACAUGAGGAGUGGAUUCAGAGCGGUGCUUUUUAACAAAAACGUUACAUCCAGGAAGAGGCCGCCUCCAUCUUAGUUACAUUUCAGUCACACUUCAGAGAUUUCUUCGCGUCUGCAGCUUUUUCAUUUCUAUCUGCUGGCUGCUUCAUAUUCUUCAUCAGCCUGAUACAUGUUCUCUUCAGCUCCUGCCUCUCUUUACUCAUUUGUGCAUUUAAAGAGCAUUUCUGUGUUUUUAAACCUGGGCUGUGUUUUUGUAGAUUAAAAGGCUGUCCGGGACAGACGGUUUCUGAAUGUCUCCAGUGGAUGAGUUCAUCCUGCAGCCCUGAAACAUGCUGUAAUGUCUGCACCAUAAUCCCCCAUGAGUUAAAGUGUCCAAGUCAGAUUUAUUUAUAUUGUGCAUUUUAUUUUACGACUUAAGACUCAAUGUGCUUUAGAAAAAAGGUAGAAAACAUGCACAAGAAAAAUCUGUAUGAUAAAAACACGUUUAAAAACAUUAAAGAAAUGAUGGAUAGAUGGAUGGAUGCAUGGAUGGAUGGCUAGAUGUAUGGAUGGAUGCAUGGAUGGAUGGAUGGUUGGUUAAUGGAUGGAUGAUGGAUGGUUAAAUGUA